AGAACGAAGCCUGCUGACAGUGAACAACAGAACAACACCACUAGCCAGCUGGUUAGGGCUUAGGGGGCUAGGAGUUAGGAUGCAUCAUGUGAGGUUUUAGGGGGCUAGGAGUUAGGAUGCAUCAUGUGAGGGCUAGGGGACUAGGAGUUAGGAUGCAUCAAGAGAGAGCUUGGGGACUAGGAGUUAGGAUGCAUUCUGUCUGUUUGGAUGUAGCAGUUAGCUAGCUAACCAGCUAGUGGUGCCUAUGCAAGUUACACUUUUGAGUUAACCCUGACCGCUGUUCACUACAAACCCUAAACUCCAGGCCGAACUGACCACUACAGCUGCAUUUUAAAACGGGGCUCGGCUGUACUCUGUAUAGGGCCUUAGAAAACAUUUUAUAGAUCCCAUUUUGAUUUCCUCCUUUUUUCCUCAUACCUCGCUAAGAGAGAAAGAGAGAGAGAGAGAAGGGGCGUUUCACAACCGGCUGUAGUUUAGUUGCAGCAGGGAGUAGCGUGUUAUGGCGACGCGCCCGGUUCCGUGACACCGGACCAAUCAGAUUGCGCGAAUCCGAAAGUUUACCUUUUAUGGCUCGAGCCGGGCAUCUAACCGGGAGAUAAAAACCACGCGCCCACCGACUACCGGUUCACUUUGAGGCGCCGUCACACGCAGUUCGUGCGGGAUUAUAUCAUUUACCCUUGAAACACCCCCCUCCCAAACCAAAAGUUCAAAAUGGAAGAUGAAAUCGCCGCACUGGUUGUUGACAACGGAUCCGGUAUGUGCAAAGCCGGAUUCGCCGGAGAUGACGCGCCUCGGGCUGUCUUCCCCUCCAUCGUUGGGCGUCCCAGGCAUCAGGGAGUGAUGGUUGGGAUGGGCCAGAAAGACAGCUACGUGGGAGACGAGGCUCAGAGCAAGAGAGGUAUCCUGACUCUGAAGUACCCCAUCGAGCACGGCAUCGUCACCAACUGGGACGACAUGGAGAAAAUCUGGCAUCACACCUUCUACAACGAGCUGAGAGUGGCUCCAGAGGAGCACCCCGUCCUGCUCACUGAGGCCCCCCUCAACCCCAAAGCCAACAGGGAGAAGAUGACCCAGAUCAUGUUUGAGACCUUCAACACCCCGGCCAUGUACGUGGCCAUCCAGGCCGUGUUGUCCCUGUACGCCUCUGGCCGUACCACCGGUAUCGUCAUGGACUCCGGUGACGGCGUGACCCACACAGUGCCCAUCUACGAGGGCUACGCUCUGCCCCACGCCAUCCUGCGUCUGGAUCUGGCCGGCCGCGACCUCACAGACUACCUGAUGAAGAUCCUGACGGAGCGAGGCUACAGCUUCACCACCACGGCCGAGAGGGAAAUCGUACGAGACAUCAAGGAGAAGCUGUGCUACGUGGCGCUGGACUUUGAGCAGGAGAUGGGCACCGCUGCCUCCUCUUCCUCUCUGGAGAAGAGCUACGAGCUGCCUGACGGACAGGUCAUCACCAUCGGCAACGAGAGGUUCCGCUGCCCAGAGGCCCUCUUCCAGCCCUCCUUCCUCGGUAUGGAGUCUUGCGGUAUCCACGAGACCACCUACAACUCCAUCAUGAAGUGUGAUGUGGACAUCCGUAAGGACCUGUACGCCAACACGGUGCUGUCCGGAGGAACCACCAUGUACCCCGGCAUCGCUGACAGGAUGCAGAAGGAGAUCACCUCUCUGGCCCCCUCCACCAUGAAGAUCAAGAUCAUCGCCCCCCCAGAGCGUAAAUACUCCGUCUGGAUCGGAGGCUCCAUCUUGGCUUCUCUCUCCACCUUCCAACAGAUGUGGAUCAGCAAGCAGGAGUACGACGAGUCUGGUCCCUCCAUCGUCCACCGUAAAUGCUUCUAAACAGACUGUACCCAAUCCCAAACGACCGACCCAGCCACCCGACUACCACUUCAGCUCUGCCACCAGACACACCACCCAGAGGGAGAGAGAGAGGGGGCCGCGGAGUGAGCCCAAACCCAGCUUCUCAGUCUCAUUGGCAUGGCUUCUCUUAUUUUGGCGCUUUUUUUUUUGACUCAGGAUCUGUGAAACAAAAAAUAAACACAACUGGAACGGUGACCGAACGGAUUAAAGGUUUAUAAGAGGUAUAAAAAAUAAAUGUAAAAGGACCCCUGAGAUUCUAUCCUGCAGCUGAGGACUUUAAAAACAUGUACAUUCUGUUUCUUUUCCAGUCAUUCCAAUUGUUUUGUUAAACCUUUUUCAGAACAGGUAUUUGCCUCUGUGAAGGCUGCCGGCUUCCGGCUCUCUGCCACAGCGUUCUGUAACAUGGGGGCAGUAAAUGGCUUGUAUGUAAAUUAUGUCACAAUGUCUGUUUUUUUUUGUACUUGCAGCCUUAAGUCUUGGUCCUGUUAAUUUGUUUUUGUUUAUGCAAAUGAACCCGACUGUGACCUCUGCUGGGGGGGGUCAGAGGUGAUUAGGGUGCCAGAGGGACCAGUGGAGGGGGGGGGGCCAACUUGUACACUGACUAAACUCCCAAUAAAAGUGCACAUGUGUUCCGACAUCA